AUGGCGUCACGACGUCUCGACCUAUCCCUCUCCGGCCUCGCUCGUCGACCCUUAACAUGUCUCUUCUGCGAAGCCCGACGAUCCUUCACCACCUCCGCUCUUCGGCCGGCAAGGACUGAAAAGCCCGGAGCUGGGGCAUCAUUAGAUCCCCAAGCAAAUGUUGCCAAGCCAAUUGAAGCUCCUCGAAGUUAUGGAAAGCGACAACAGGGCCACUUCGUGCCCAAACCUCUCCCUCGACCAAUUGGUAUGCCUUUACCACCAAAGGCUGGAGAGAAUACAGGCAUUGAUAGUCGCUCAAUGCAACAGCGUCGCGAGGACUUUGUCAACUACGACAAACACUUGCAACGACGAAAGGAGCUAACGGCAAAGAUAUCACGGCCAUACUUCCGAGAUUGGGGUAACCUUCAAUACCAUGAGGGUAAAUCCUUCAUCGCACCUCCACGCCUCUUCAAGGCUGAGCUCUCGUUGUUCUUCCCCAACUUCUACGGCGAAACCCUUCUCAAGACGGAUAGAAACCCGCGCGACACUACACCACUUCUCACCGGCAAGGCUUCCGUCAUCAAUUUCUUCAGCAGUCGAUGGGCUGAGCAGCAAGUCGGAAGCUUCACCUCCAAGGAGGAAAACCCAGCACUCCACCAAGUGCUUGAACAGAACACCGAAACCACACAGCUUGUCAACAUCAACUACGAGGAUAACGCUGGCAAGGCUUGGCUGAUCCGAUUCUUUAUGGGAUCGCUGCGAAAGCAGUUCCCCGAGAAGGACUGGGACAAGUACUUCCUAGUACGACGAGGUGUCACCGACGAUAUUCGUGAAUCCAUCGGUCUACUCAACAGCAAGGUUGGAUACGUCUUCCUUGUCGACCAGUACUGUCGUGUCCGAUGGGCAGGCAGUGGAACAGCCCACCCCGUUGAGACAGAGGGUAUGGCCAAAGGUCUCGCACGUAUAGUAGACGAGAUUAGACACGAAGCUGUGUUGCCCGCAACAGCCAAGGAGCAACACCCAGGUAAACAGCAUCUCGAGGUGCCAAAACUCUUAUAA